GGAUUAUCACCGCCAAAGAUCCCGUGAAUGCUGAGAAAGUCACCGAGUUUGAGAUGUGAUCGCUGGGUCUUGGCCAAUCCACGAGUCAUGGGGCUUUUUGGCUCGUCAUUCAAAGACAUGUGUGGAUGUUAGAAGAAGAAAGUUCAGGAUGGAUCCACGAGGGAGACGGAAAGCAAGAGCAGAUGCGGGCAGAGAUAAAAAGCCCCUCAUGGACCACACUUGCUCUUCCCUUUGACCCCUCGAUAGAACACCACCCGUGAAUUUCUACACCACAGCCAACAGCAUGCCUUCCCUCAACGGACGAGAAGUCGGUCCCACCGGCUAUGGAACCAUGAGAAUGACCUGGGUCCCCCAGCCUCCCCCACAAGAGCAAUGCUUCGAAACCUUAAACACCACUCUCAAUCUGGGUGCCAACUUCUGGAACGCAGGCGAGCUCUACGGUACGCCCGAGUACAACUCGCUCCACCUGCUGAACAAGUACUUCACCGAAUACCCCGAGAACGCCAGCAAGGUCGUUCUAAGCAUCAAGGGCGGGACGAAGCGUGGCGAACUCACCCCCGAUAGCUCCGAGGUCAACAUCCGUCGGAGUGUGGAUGAAUGCCUGCGCGUGUUAGACGGAAAGAAGACAAUCGACAUCUUCGAAUGCGCCAGGCAAGAUCCCAACGUGCCGGUGGAGCAGCAAGUGACUGUUCUGGCGCAGUUGGUCAAGGAGGGCAAAAUUGGAGGCAUUGGCCUGAGCGAAGUAAAUGCUGAGACCAUUCAAAGAGCUCACAAGGUCCACCCAAUCGCGGCUGUAGAGGUUGAGAUGUCCCUUUGGGACACCACAAUCCUUCACAAUGACGUCGCCAAGGUCUGCGCUGAGCUCAACAUCCCGGUUGUGGCCUACUCGCCUCUGGGUCGAGGUGUGUUGGCGGGCGCCUUCACCAGCGCGUCUGAGAUCCCAGAUGGCGAUUUCCGAAAGACGUUGCCUAAGUACCAGGACGAAGCCAUGAAGGAAAACAUCAAGCUGGUCAACGAGGUCAAGGAUCUGGCCACGCGCAAGGGCGUGGCUCCUGUACAGAUUGCACUGGCUUGGAUUCUCACUCUGAGCGGCAAGCCUGGCAUGCCGACUAUUAUUCCGAUCCCUGGUGGCACGACCGUCGACAAGGUUACACAGAACCUGGAAGGAGUCCCCCGCCUAAGCGAUAGCGAGAUGGACGAGCUCAAGAGCAUCCUGGAGCGGAUUCCGGUGGUUGGGGCUCGCUACUAAAGCUACGGUGAUGCAAUGCUGGAUCGCGCUCACUAGGGAGGCCCAGAAGGUAAUUAUAUGUGGAUAGACAGCUAUUGAGGUUGAACGUAUUUCCAUUGCUAUGUAUAUGAGAUAAAAUGGUCCUGAAUGGUCCGAGACUGUCAGCGGAUGUUGAUCAUGCAGAUGCAAGAAGCUUCAUGAACAUAAUA